AAAAGUUGAAUAAAAAUAUAAAUGUCCAUUCAUAAAUGAUGGAGCUGAACUGAGAGCUCAGGUUUACAGAGGGUGUGUUUGUUUUUCCUCUUGUGUGAAGCAUGAAUGUACACAAUCACUGUGUGAAAUUUGUUUUUUGCUGGACAAAUGAUUGUAUCACAGACUGCCACUUCACAGCGCCUCAUAUAGCUGUAACUGCCUUUGACAUUCUGAGAAUUCCUCUCUCUUCCACUACGAAUUCUGCUUCUCCCUCCAUUCGAUCUUAUUAUUGGCUGCUUCCACUUGGACUUUUCCAUUUCCUCUCCUGGGUUUUUCUGCGCGUCUUAGGAGAGGUCACUUUGGUAAACAGCGCCUUCUGGGUCUGAGCGCGCCGUGGAGCCGAUCCACUGCAGGGAGAGCAGGGGGACCACCGGGCUGCUCUCUGCUUAUGGUUCCUGCAGCCGCUGAUGAGACCCGCUCUUCAAAAGCCAUGUUUCUGGGAAUUUUCCGGACGCUCAUCCAUAUCCUUGUCUGAAAAUGGGAUCAUAAUAAACCUCUUUGCGAUACAGAAAAAACGCCAACAUGUUGCCACAUUCUUCAAGAACAGGUGACAGGCCGUUGGAAGUGUUGCCUCAGUGGAGUAAGCGAUGGGCCUCGAUCCUCUCCGUCUGCAUGGCUCUCCUCUGGUUUCCAGGGGCAGCGGGAUCCGCUCUAAACUGCCAUAAAACUUGCAUCUGCGCCUCAAACAUCGUGAGCUGCUCCAAGAUGAAUCUAAGCACCAUCCCCACCAGCCUGCCAAACUACACUGUCGUGCUGGAUCUCAGCUACAAUGAGAUCGUGCGACUUCGAUCCGACUGGACCACGGAAAAACUUCCAAAUCUCCACAACCUCCUGCUCAGCCAUAAUGGGCUCCAUUUCCUUUCUUCAGAGGCGUUUGUGCAUGUGAAGCACCUGCGCUACUUGGACUUGUCCUCUAACAAAUUGCAGCAGCUGGAUGAGUACAUCUUUGAGCCUCUGGUCAACCUGGAGGUCCUUUUGCUGUUUAAUAACCAAAUCUCACAGAUUGAUCGUUUAGCCUUCUCAACCAUGAUCCACCUUCAAAAAUUGUACCUUAGCCAAAACCAAAUCUCUCGUUUUCCCGUGGAGCUGAUCAAAGACAAGUCCCACUUGGAGAAACUUAGCCUCCUGGACGUGUCCUCUAACAAAAUCAAGGUGUUGCCUAUUGACGAUUUUCGGAAACUGCCUGCUUGGAUUAAAAAUGGACUCUACUUCCACAGUAACCCUCUGCUCUGUCACUGUGAUCUUUAUACACUUCUCACCCACUGGCACCUUCGAAAGCUCAACUCCGCCGUAGACUUUAAGGAUGACUACACGUGUGUCCUGCCUGGUCCUCAAAAAACCCAGGUGGGCAUUUUUGAGCUCAGCGGUGACAGCAUGAAUUGCAGCACAUUCAAGGAGGAGGACGUAGAAGCUUUCCUGGGGCAAAUACAGACACUUGGCUGCGACACCAAACACAGGAGCACGGCGAAGACCUGGACAAUGCCUGACAAUGUGUUGGUGACACCUGGAAGCAACCAGACAGCAAAAGUUCUGCUAGAUGGGACAUUGCAGAUCGGUCCGUUGAAGGUGGAAGACUCUGGGACCUACACCUGCUUUGCCAUGAGUGAGGUCCUCAAUGAAACUAUCUAUGUGGUGCUGAAGGUUCACAACUUCACCAGCCACAGUGUUGGGGAGACUUUGAAUACAGCUUACACCACCCUAAUAGGCUGUCUUGCAAGUGUGGUGCUGGUGCUAAUGUACCUCUACCUGACACCAUGUCGCUGUUUUUGCUGCCCUAACAAGGGCAAAACUCGUGGAGAGGACAGCAUCCACUCUUCAAUGCUCAGCGUCACGCCGACCCACGAGGACCCAACGCUCAAAGCCGAGCUGAACAAACACGUCGCUUUCAUAGACUCCAAGGACUUGCAGGGACAGAACGGCAAGCUAAACCCAAACGGGGAUGAGGAUGACGAUAAUCUCGAUGCAGAGGCCGCUUCUCUUAUGAAGGGAAAAAGAAAGAAGUCGGUUGCGGAGUCUAUUAGCUCCGUCUUCUCAGACACUCCCAUGGUGGUUUAGGAUUGAAAAUGGAUUCCACAAGAGCGGAUGUUUGUGGUACUAGACUGAACUGUGACUGAGUUGGUGUAAAUGGAGACUGCAACAUUAUGGGAGAUAAAAGUGUGGGUAUGUAUUGCUGGCGAGAGGAAAGAGAAGAUAUUUCUGAUGGAAUUAGGAAAGGACAAUGAGCAAGACUUUUCCAGCAUUUUAAUUUGUAGCACUUACUUUUCAUACUGUGAAGGAAUAGCAGCUCAAGCGGACUUUGAAAAAAAUAAAAUAAGUUAAAAUGUAGUUUGCAUUAGCACUCAGGAAGGGAUGCAUACACUUUGGAGAAUGGGAAAAUGCAUGGAUUCAAAUUAAAUUAUAGGAAUAUAAAAUAGUGCACUUCUGGGAUAUAUUUAAAAAGGCAUUUCUGGAUCCAAAUUUUCUUUAUUAGGGAAACAUUUGAGCAGAUUUCCUUAAUGUCCCAGUAGAUCCUGGAGACAGUUACCCUUCCUGUAACAACAAAAGAUCAGAAACAUGUUCUCAUAAAACCAUAUUAUAGGAAACCAUAAGUAAAGUUGAUGUAAAUGAAAAUAAAUACUUUAUCCUUUUUAGUUCAAACUUAAUCUUAGCUUUUGAAGCCCUAUUGAGCAAGUGCUCCAUAAACACAUUGAGGAAUCUAUCUCAUUCUGCACAUUUGUGUUACAAAACUCUUAUAGCUCUUAAAGAAUAUGUUAAAUGUAUGUUUCUUUUACGUUUACAUUAAGUCCCAAAAGAGGCUUUAGAAGCCUCAAACACAGAGGAUCUCUCAGCGCAUAUACAUUAGUAGCAGAGAAGUAUUUUGGUUUGACUAAUUAUCAACAUAUUGUCCUAAAUCUGUACACAGACGGAUCCCACCGACCGUACAAGGACAGAUAGGUAUCUGGUUGUUGUUCCAUGAGGUGCCAGUUUCUGUUAAGCUUGUCCCUUGGCCAAGUUAGACCAUCAGUUCGUGUCUGCCAGAACCCCAGGUUGUUAAACAAAAGACCAGAAGCUUUAAUUAUUUCAUUUCUUCUGUGUGGAAUAUGCACACCUUACACAACGUCCUUUGGUGCUUUUAUUUUGUGGUUCGUUUUAGCAAAUGAUUUAGGGCAAGGCAGAAUUCUAAAACUCAAGAGGACUUUCACAAUAAAAAUGUAGCUGUUUUUGCCCAUCACUUCCUAAGAGUGUGAUGUGCAGGAAAGCUGUGAGUCUGAAUAACACUGACAUCAUUUUACUAUAUGUCAAGAGUUUUAUAGGAUUUAUCAUAACAUUGUGACAAGAAUCAGGUACCAAAAAAGACAUCUUAUUUUCUAGAAUGAUCAUUUAUGACACAUUUAAGAUUAACUUUAUCAUGCCGCGCUUCUUUUAUGAACACCGUUAAAACAGAAGAUUGUAUCUUCCUCUAAAGAUGAAAGCAUGAUUAAAUUAAACUAUGCCAUGCUUGUGUCAAAAUAUAACAAGGCUUGCCUGCUGUAAAUGGUAAUUGCAUCUUUUGAUGGGAAGUAGCCUCCCUCCUGUUUUCAUGUCUGUGAGCUGGAGAGGAUCGAUGUGUAAUCAUGACUCACAGCGACACAAAGGCAUUCUCUCCUCCAUGUAUUCUGACAGCCUCGAUUCAGCCCAGAUGUGUUUGGUGUCUCGGUGUCCAUCUGUCAUUACGGAGCUGCCCUUUCUCGUGUUCAAACGCAGUUAUCCAACCAGGCAGCAAAUGCGUUGCCCUUUAAGCAGCCUGCAAUUUGUUUACAAGGGCAAAGCUCGGAGCUUUCGCAGAGCAUUUACAGUCCAGCUGAGUCAUGGAGUUGUAAGGCACUGUAUGUUUAAGAAUUCAUUAAUGCCUUUGCAUGUAUUUUUAUUUUAAAAAAGAAGAAGUUCCACAUAUAGCACGACAGAAUUACUUAAUGGAGAUAUUUUCAAACUAUGUCUAAAUGCAGUGAAUUUACGGUAGAAUGUUCACAAUUCAUUACAAUAUUUCCUGUGUGGGCGAGGAAGGGGAGUCGCACUUGUCACAGGUGGUGUGUGAAUUAUUCCACUCAAGCAAUCACAUACCUGUUAGACAGACACACACACAAUAAAGUCUCCCACCCAAGCACCUGCCAAUAAUAAGAGCUUUUAUUUUUCUUUGUUAAAAACUGCAAUAAAUGCACUGUGGCUGCGCUCGUGUCCCAGAAAAACUGCAGAUGUUGAGUUGCACAGUAAAUCAUAAUUAAGAGUAUGUUCUAAUCACCAUAAGACAAUAUGAAUCUAAUGAUAACUGAUUGUUGGUCCACUCUUGUGUUGUCCUAAGUUACAGUUCUGUAUACUGAAGAGCUGUUUAAAUGGUCCUAACAGAGGAGAACAGUGGCUUUUCUCUCCAAAGCAAAUCUGCCUUCCUGUACAUCUAUAUAUUCAAUAUAUAUUUAUAUAUAUUUAUGUAUUAAGACUUUAUCUGUGUUGAGUAUUAAUUAGUUGUGUACUAUGUUCUGCCAGUGAACUGACUUGUGUAUUCCAUUGUUCAUUUAACAUUCUGUCCACCUCUGUGCUGCUGUUAGCUGUUGCAUCAUUCAAGUCUUAUUAUAAAUGUUUAUUCUUAAGCAGGGGUUUUGGUGAAGGAGGGUUUAUUUUACAUGACUGAAUCCGUUUAGCAGAGAAUCUGUUUGAACAUUGUCUCGCAAAGUGGGUGACUGCAGUGCCAUUUGUUAAAUUAACAGAGAUUGACAUCCUUGUUGGAGGUGCGUUUUGUCCGUAGCUACAAGUUAUCUACCAGUCAGUGUUUGAGUUUGCUCGUAAAGCCAUAACUUAAGGUGAAAACAGUGCUUUAGCAGAUUGUCCUGAAGUCAGAUGAUGUGGGGAGCCACACAGAUGGAAACCAGAGAUGCUCCAAACGAUCUCCGUCGACUCUUUCAUAGGCGAUGCGGUUUCACUUAUGUAAUGGACGCUGGGUAAAUGUUUUCUCAGGAUUACUUCAGUUUCAGUGUAAAAUGACCCUGAAGCUCCACCACUUUAAGAGUUUGGAGCAGCCUAACUGUAAAGUUUGUUCAGGCUUUUGCUCCUCACGGUUUCUAUCACCAAUCCGAGUUGUCCUGGAACACAUCUCCAACCACACAGCUGGGAAGUAGCAAUCGAGAGAACUGCAUGGGGUGGGGAUGCUAAAAGCUAGCCGCUUUACAUGGUGCGACCACAAGUGUCCAAAGGACAAGGAGGGGUUGGCUUUAAACAGCUCUGAAAGCACUACCUUUAUUGACCACAACUUCAAAGAUCAGAUGGAUGUUUACUGCCAUCCAAACUAAAAGGCCCUGUAGCUAAAGGGGAAUGGCUUUGCAUGGUAUGCUUAAAAGCUUCUCUGACCGCAGGAUACUGUAGAAAAACUAGUAGGCAUUACUGAAAAAAAUAUUUGACAUAAUAAAGGAUAUUGAUACACACUUUA